AUGAAGAUACUGUGGGAAGCACAGUGGACGGAUACACAACCUUGGGGCGGGCCGGUACAGAGCACAUUGCCCGUCUUAUCUGCUGGUCCAUUUCCAUCCAGUUGUUUGCUCACCUUCAUCAAGCGUGUCCUGCCGUCGUCCUCUCCUGCUUGCCGCGGGCUCCUCGCGCUCAUCCACCAAGCUCCCCGCGCCGAGAUGUACGACAGCAACGAGUUUGCCGAGCUGCUAUGGGAGAACGGGCAGGCGGUGGUGCACGGGAGGAGGAAGCAGCCCGAGGCCGCCUUCCCGCCCUUCACUGGCGGCGCUGCCAGCAGCAGCAGAGCCCAAGAAAAGCAGCCAGGUACCGACCCGGUGGCGCUGUUGAAGACGGGAGGCCUCUUUGGCGACUUCUCUUCCGGCCUAGACGCCACCCGUGACAACGGUGAUCUUGAUGACAGCGUACCCUGGAUCCACUACCCCAUCGUCGAAGAAGACAGCGCCGCACCUGCCCUCGCAGAGAGCUACAGCCCAGAUUUCUUCUCGGAGCUCCAUGCAGCGGCAGUUGCAGCGGCGGCGGCGACGACGAACCUCAGCCCUCUGCCACCACCAGUCCAGCACACCGGCAACAACAGAAGCACCCCGGUUGCCACCACCAGCAGAGGACCAGAACCCUCAAAGGAAACCCACCGCAUACCAGUACCAGGUCCAGCCAGCAGGCCUGAGCCACAAGCUGAGUUCGCGGACACCAGGAAACCUCGGCCGGAGAGCGGCGGAGAGGGCUUGAUGAAUUUCUCCCUCUUCUCUAGGCCAGCAGCCAUGGUGCGAGCAAGCCUGCAGAGGCCACCACAGACAGGCACAGACAAGGCGUCCAAUGUCACCACGAGCACCCGAGUGGAGUCGACGGUUCUACAGUCGGCCAGUGGACCAAGAACUGCCCCUGUGUUCACGGACCAGAGGACGCCGUGGUCACAAUCCAAGGAGGUGCGGUUUUCAUGCGCAGCAGCACCGACGGCUGGUAACCUGCAUCAAGAGAUGCCCCGGGACAUGACUCCACAGAAAAAAGUUGAGACCAGGAAGGCUUCUGAGGUUGCAGCCGCUACUUCAUCGGUCUGCUCUGGCAAUGGUGCUGGAAUAGGAAAUGACGAGUCCUGGCGCCAACAAAAGAGGAAGAGUCAGGCCGAGUGUUCUGCAAGUCAAGAUGAUGAUCUUGAUGAUGAGUCCGGUGGGAUGCGAAGAUCAGGCAGCAGAGGUACGAAGCGCGGCCGCACCGCGGAGGUGCACAAUUUGUCCGAAAGGAGGAGAAGGGACAGGAUCAAUGAAAAAAUGCGCGCCCUCCAAGAGCUCAUCCCCAACUGCAACAAGAUUGACAAAGCCUCCAUGCUGGAUGAAGCGAUUGAGUACCUCAAAACCCUCCAGCUUCAAGUUCAGAUGAUGUCCAUGGGAAGUGGACUGUGCAUUCCUCCCAUGCUGCUGCCACCAACCAUGCAGCACAUGCAAAUUCCUCCAAUUGCUCAUUUCCCUCAUCUCGGCAUGGGAUUGGGUUAUGGGAUGGGUGUCCUCGAUAUGAACAGCACAGCAGCGAUUCCAUUUCCGCCCAUGCCUUGUGCUCACUUCCCUUGUUCAAUGAUCCCAGGCACGCCACCACAAGGUCUUGGAAUGCCUGGCAGAAACACGAUGCCGAUGUUUGGAGUCCCUGGGCAAGCAAUCUAUCCCUCAGCAUCUAGCAUACAGCCAUUCCCAUCUUUGGCGGGUCUUCCUGUUAGGCCAAACCUGGCACCUCAAGUUUCAGCCGUCAUGGCUAACAUGGUGCAGGAGCAACAGCAAGGCGUAGCGACUCAGCAGCAGCAGAGCCUGAAUAAUGAAGCUCAACAGGGAGCAAAUACAGGAGAUCCUCAAUUGCAGACUAUCGUGCAGGCUGAGAACCAGCAUUUUAGUGUGCCCUCUUCAGCACAAACCGAAAGCAAUCAGUUUUUGGAUGGUGGUGGCAACAGGACUCAUACUGCAGGGAGAAAUGAAGCUGAAACAUAA